AGAAAAAAGGCGCACGUGUUGAAAAUGUCGCAAGUUGUUUAGCAAAGUAUGUACACUAUUUUGUCCUUCAAUUGAGACUUCGUGAUUGGUUGGGCACAUUCUCUUCGUCUAUUAUACUUCUUGGUGUUUUAUUUCACCUGUACAGUCAAAUUAGUUGCACGUAAAUCCAUCAGCAGACUUGAUUCCUGAGUUAAUUUAUGUCGCUCUUCUCUCAAUUUCUGCCUUCAGAUGUGCUUAUGGAGAGAUUUAAACUUAAAAUUUCCCGAGUGUAUUACAACCAUGGGCUAUUCAUUUCUUCACACCCAGCACCUGUUAUCACCACUGUUUGCAUCCUUAUGAUAUUUCUUUGCUAUCCUUUGACCCAGCUCCCACUUGUGAAAGAAGUGCCAAUUCAUCGUGCGGUUGUUCGUGACGAUGAAUUUCAGUCGUUCAAAGAUUCACGUUAUGUUUUCACGCAUGAUGACGAGAACAAAAGUCUUGGUUAUAUGCUUCAAAUAGUCAUUCAUUCAAAAAUAAUUACAAAGGCUCCGAAGUGUCAUAUCAACCAUGAAACUAUUGUCCACUUACUUCAGCAGAGCAAUGAAAUAGUCGAGCUUGUUCACCAAUUCAAAAGUUCUGGAGAUGGGAAUACACCAGGAGGACAAACUUUUGAUGACAUCUGCUUUCAGGUUGAGGAUAGAGCAGUUAAUGAAGUAGAGAAUUCCGAAACAAUAAAAAAUGUAUUACCUACAUUCGGGUGUCUCAUGUUAGCUCCUAGUUUCUUAUUGGUUGACCGUCUCGGUGUAAUUCAGUCCCAUCAAUCCUCGGUCCUUUCACGCAUAAAACUUGCAGCUUCAGGGAACCUACUAGAUCUUUUAUUUGGAUUACCUUGGAAGACAACUGGAUUGUCAAAAUUGUCUAGGUGUAGUCGAGAACGGACAGUUACAUAUGCGCUAACUUUAGUAUUUCGGGAAUACAAACCUUCCUUUUUUUCUGAACUGCGAGACUAUUUGAUUGAUAGUAUGGAAAACCUUCAUAAAGAUGCAAAUAUUAGUAUAGAAACUCGAAAAUUAAAUGAUACGUCAAACACGGCUUCAGUUGGACAUAUCUUCCUCGUUUGGUAUAGUGAUCGUUCAUACUUUGCUGACUAUGCACCAUUACUUUUUAUCUACGUCAUUCUAUUGCUCUAUGUGUAUUUUUCCGUUCGUAAAUUGGAAAUGGUCAAAUCAAAAUGGGGUUUAGCUUUAAGCGCUUGUGUUACUGUCGCUGCGUCACUAUUUAUGUCUAUUGGUCUGUGUGUAACAAUCGGUCUUGUUAUGCCAACACUUAACGGAAGCGAAGUUUUCCCUUAUUUAGUCGUUCUAAUUGGGUUUGAAAAUGUCAUUGUUUUGACGAAGUCUGUAGUUGCAACGCCAGUCGAUCUUCCAGUGAAAUAUAGAAUUGCUGAAGGUUUAAGCAAAGAAAGUUGGUCACAUACAAAACUUUACUUUACUGGAUUGUUGUUAUUGGGUCUAGGAUUCCUUACAUUUCAUCCUACAAUGCAAGAAUUUUGUUUGUUUGCAGUUGUCGGCUUGACUACAGACUUCUUUUUACAAUUAUUCUUUUUUGUUACGAUUCUUUCGGUGGAUAUCCGACGAAUGGAACUCUCUGAUCUUAUGUUGGAAUAUCCAGUUCAUUCAUUUAUGCAAGAACCUCAAAUGAUUCCGCCAUUUUAUUCCUUUACUUCACCACUAUCAUCUUCAACUUCUUUAUCAUCAUCUUUAGAUAUGAUGAUGACUGAAUCAUCGUGUAAAAUUGAAAAACCCAGCUCAUCGUUUACUGAAAUGUCUAAUAAAAAAGAAACUCGAAUAUCAAACAAAUAUUUAGCUUAUAUAUUAUCAUUUAUUUCAAAUCUAAGCUCUAUGUUGUUUAGGCCAGUUAAGGCUAUUUUUCGACGUACAAGAUUAUCUUUUAUGAAAGGACACAGGCGUCAGGUUUCAGCUGCACAAACAGCUGCAUACUUAGCUUCUGAUGGUCAGACAUCGCAAAAUGUUCCACGACGAUUACGCGUUCUUCGUUGCUGGGCGAAAUCUCGACUCAUACAACGUGUUCUUCUGUUUGUUUUCUCUGUAUGGGUUAUUAUGAUUCUGAUACAUGCUGUGGAUAUAGUCCAAUUAUUUCUCAAUAUCUAUGUCUACAUAAGUAGUUUACUAUUACAGUCUUCUACGUCACACAGUUGGUUCACAUUAUCUUCGUAUACCAGUGAUAAUGAUCAUUAUAAUACUGUUACUACUACUGUUGUUAAUAGUAGUGAUAUGAAUGGUCACUAUAUACCGCUCUCUGUCAGUGAACCUCCCUUUAUGAAUUCAUCUGUUUUUUCCUCAUCAUCUUUUGUGAAUUCAUCUAUUCAAUCUGAUUCCCAAGAAAAUUUGUUCAAUAUUAAAAACGUUAGCAUGAUCGAUCAAGAAGAUUCUGUUGGUGAACAUAUGAAUGUUUCUUUGGAUCAACAUGAAAUAGAUCUUCAUGAUGAUCAUCAUUUUCUUCAUGAACGUGAUAUCUCAAUUCAAUUCGAUGUUGGUGUUGAUGAUGAUAUUAAAUCUCAAAUAAAUAUGCUCAAUAUUGUUCAUCAUUUACAAUUGAAUGAAAUGACACAAAACAAUUUCACUUGGAACACAAUGUUUAUUUGGAAUUAUUUAGCUUAUUCGUACUGGCCAUCGUUAGCAAAACACUAUAAUUUAAGUUUGGUCGGUUGUCAUUUAGCAUUGUUAGAACCAGUUCAUUUAAAGUAUAAGCUUCAUAUGAUUGAUCCAGAUCAAGAAAUUGAAAAGUCUGAUAUACAAUCUGAUCAAAAAGAAUCUAUAUCGUAUGUAUCGUUUGAAAAUGAACGUACAUUGGAUGAACAUAAUCAUUUACACUUUAUAAAUGAUGAUAAUAAUAUACUUAUAUCGAAUGUAGAAAGAAAACGUUUACAUGCAUCAUCGACAUCACCUGGGGGUUUUACUGGUUGGACUGCACGACUUGGUUUAACUGCAUCUAUGCUGGGCACUAGUUUGUUGGGUUGUAGUCUGGUCUUAUUAUUGACUUGUUUAGGAAUGAUUUGCUUACAGUCCAGGUCAUCAAAUUCUACCAAACGUGAACCAAUAAUACGUGUUCUACCACUGACUAUAGAUCUUGUCAAUAAUGUGACAACAACAGAUUCAAUGGAUUCAGACUAUGAUCAACAUGAUUGUUUAUUGUCACCUGAAUGGACUGUAGCAUGUGGUCAAGUAUAUUAUAAAGAUAAAAAUAGGGAUGUUUGUCCUCAUGGACUACUAGCAGUGACGUCUGUUCGGUCAUAUAUCCGCAUUAAAUCAUAUCAUUCGAGGGUUAUCCAACUGUGGUGUGCUGACUCAGGAAAUCUUUUAUUUGAUUUAAAAAGGUAUUCGGAAGAAGCAAACACUAGACGAAAUAACUUGCCGUCGUCUUUCGCAUGCCGAAAAUUUUCUACCAUAUGGUGCAUGGAUUUCUUGCCACAAGGACUCUUGGUUGUUGGAUGCAGUGAUGGGACCAUUGAGAUUUGGAACUGUGAAUCUGGACAACUGUUAGAUAUUUUAUGCUUAAACAACGUUAAUAAUGAUCACUUAUUGGUCAAGAAAGAAACACAGAAUUCAUCUUCUAUUUCACAUUCAAAGAUACAUUCUGGAGGAAUAACAAUAAUGAAAAUAAUUGAUGAAUUAAGAUUUUGUAUUGGAACUAGUCAUGGUGUUGUAGCAUAUUUCAAUGUAGUUUAUACUAAAGGAAAUUUGUUACCGACAUUUUCAUUAACUCGCCAAUGGCAUUCACAUUCUCGUGCAAUUAGUCAAUUAGAUUAUUUGAAAUAUUUCAAUAAAAACACAGUAGAUAUUCCAAAUGAUUUGCUUACAAAUAUAAAUUUAAAUCAUAUCGCAGUGCUUAUAAUCAGUGGAUCAGAAGAUGGUUGUAUUAAAUUUUUCUCUUCUGAGUAUGAUUCUCCAUUGUUUCAUUGUGCUGUUGAUACUACGCCUGUCCUUUGUAUGAACUUAAAUCGUACCUGUUCACUUAUUCCGUUACUCUUAGCUUGCUCUUGGUGUCAGCCAUGCAUCCGGAUCAUUAUACGUUUGUUGUUUAGAAUUACUUCACACGACGACAACCAAUAACAGUGUAAAUCUCAAGGCUAAAAAUCAAAUAGAAUCUCUUGAGAUACGUUUAAUUAAUCUCAGUUUACUUAGCAAUGGUUUUGGAAUUUCUUCAGAAAUACAACAAUUUGCAGCAUCAUCAUCAACAUCGGGGAAAGUUCAAAAUAAAAAAGUGUCGUCGUACAAUCAUCUUGGAUCAAUAAACCUACGAUUGUUUAUGCGAAGUGAUAGGUAUUCUGAUAAAACACAGAAAAGUUGUAAUUCACUGUCAACCUUAGCAAAUUAUCGUCUAGUAACGUAUGAUAUGGACGGUAGUGUGGUUAUAUGGGAUUUGCAGCACAAAUGUAUAAUACGGUCUUUCAAAGCUAAUUUAUCAACAUUCAACAUGUCCAGUUUAUUACUAUCCGUUGAUGGACGUGUGGUUUUUGGUGAUCAGAGUUAUCUACGAGUUGUAAAUCCAUGGACUGCUAAAUAUGAACGUUCAGUUCAACUUUUACCCCCAUCAUCUGUAAAUAUGAGAAAUCCAAAUAGUUCAAAUUCUUCACAUAUCUCUGCUUUGUUACGUCGAUGGAUAAAAGAAUUAGUUCCACUUGGUGUUACUGGUGGUGACUUUGAAUCGUUCAAGUCAUCUGAAUUAUACUUGAUAACUAAUCGAAAUGAUGAACAAGGAAAAUUAUCCCCAAUUAUCAGUAUGAAAAUGCCAAUAAGAACUGGUGGAUCAUAUGUUAUCAGUAUUGCUGAUGGUGGACGAAUAUUAGUUGUAGUACCAGUGUCUACAAUUAAAUUUGAUUAACUCGAAUAUUUUUUCUACCGAUUCUUUCUAUUUCUAUAAUAUUUAAGAGAUGUACAGUCUUCAUUUAUUAUAAUAUGAAUUUUAAACAGUUAUCGUAUUAUUAUGAAAUAUUAAGUAGUUUCGUUUCAUCAGUUUACGUAAUUAUACAUUGACCGUUAAUCAAGUUUCUGCUGCUAUGUGAUUCCUGCAUAGAUUUUAAUUGCGUAAACUUCAAUGUUUGAGUUACUAAAUUGAUUCUAACAGUAACACGGCAUUUUUACUAUUAUUUCCAAUAAAUAAAUAUUAAGAAGGUUUUGCAU